AUGGUUGUUUCCGCCCGAGCGUUUACUGGGGGAGGACGCGGUGGAGAUGGCCGCGGGAGAGAAAGUCAGGGAGGACGGAGAGAAACUGCGGUUGAUUAAAGGUGGUGCCUUUCUUACAACAGUAGCCACUGCAGGAGUAAUAUUUGGAUUCGGGUCAACCCUGGCCUUGGCGAAGAAGAAAAGCCCUGAAUGGUUUAAUAAGGGUCUAGUGGGGUCAGCAGUGGUGCCUGAGAGUGGAGCAUCACUAGCCCUGCGUGCGCUGGGAUGGGGUUCUCUGUAUGCCUGGUCUGGUGUCGGCCUCCUCAGUUUUGCUGUCUGGAAGGCUUUGGGGGUCCAUAGUUUGGUGGAAUUUCGACAGAAAAUGCAGUCUAUUUUCCCCACCAUCCCGAAAACUGAAGAGGCACAACAAAAUACGACACCUUUCGACUGGGACUCUAUAUUCAAGUCAAAAUAAUGAGUUCAUACUGGUAGCCUUAACAGAAUUUAGACUUUGCACACUGGACGAUCAGCCUGCUGUGUAUUGAGCUCUGGGUGAGAAUGAAUGAACUUUCUUUCCAGUGCUUGAUCUGAGAGACUGCAUUGGUGAUGAUUUAUUUUCAUCUAUAUGACAUUUAACUCUCAUAAGCUGGUCUCAGUGCAGACCAUGAAACUAGGAGUGGGCGACUGGACACUUUUUGUAUUAAAUAGGCUCACAAUACAGGCUAUGGUCAAUACCUGUAGAAGACCAAACAAGUGCUACCAUAAAAAAAGACAACUGGUGUAGUACCUGCAAAAACUGCAUAGUAAUAGGUAUCUGAUUAAAUGUCAGCAUGCUGUGCUAUUAAACUAUUUUCUUCAGUUUUUCUUUUUGUUCCUUCUCGAAGCUGCUGUACUAAAUGUUUGUGUAUUUUGUCUGUCCUACACCUUAAUAUUAAGUUUUCUGAAAAUGUCAAUAAAACUUGAUAUAUUCUUUCCAAGUCA